AUGAAGAAUCUUGUUCUGGAGACGUAUAGUGGAAAGACUGAUCCGAAGGAUCAUCUGCUUUAUUUCAACACAAAAAUGGUGAUAAGUGCACCUUCUGAUGCAGUGAAGUGCAAGAUGUUCCCGUCAACAUUCAAAGGCACGGUGAUGGAUUGGUUCACAACUUUGCCCCGUGGAUCCAUUACGAACUUUCAUGAUUUCUCGUCGAAGUUCCUUGUUCAGCUUUCCGCAAGCAAGAUCAAGCAGGUUACGAUAGACGAUCUGUACAACGUUCGCCAGUCAGAAGGUGAAACUCUAAAGCAGUAUGUGAGGCGGUACAGUGCGACAUCUGUUAGGAGUGAGGAGUCGGAACCGCAAGCCUAUGCGCGCGCAUUCAAAAAUGGCUUACAGCCGGGAAAGCUGAACAGCAAGUUAAGUCGGAAGCUAGCUCGUUCGAUGGCGGAAGUCCGCGCUCGGGCAAACACUUACAUCCUGGCUGAGGAGGACGACGCGUUCAAAAGGAGGCGCGCAAGGGCAGAGAAAGAUGGCAGUCAAAAUGAAAUAUCGCCGGCAAACAGGCAAGGUCGGGAGAAAGGAGAAAGCAGCAAGCGAAGGGAUAAGAAAACAAAGCCAUCGGAGAAGCUUGCGAAGGAACAACUCUAUCCAAAACAGGAAAGUUUUGAACGUCGGCGCCCGUGGCAUCAGGCCGACUCUCGCCGGCAAGAGGAGUCAGGCAAACGUCUGAGCACACAUUUGACAGAACUACUCCGGGAAGUAAAGGCAACGCAUGCAGCCGAAGAAGGCGAGAGGGAAGUUAACCCGCCGCGGGUUGUAGUAGACAAAACCAAGUGGUGCGAGUAUCAUCGCUCGGCGGGCCACGACACCGAAGACUGCUUUACGUUGAAAAAUGAGAUUGAGAGGCUGAUCAGGGAGGGACGCUCACAAUUGAAUGAUCGCGGCGAUCGCUGGCAAGGCGACCGCCAACAAGAGAAUCGCUACAAGGGAAACUGCCAGCAGGAUGGUCGCAGGCGGGAUGGCCGUCGUCAGACACCAACGGCGGACAGAAGGAGACACUGGUGA